UAGAGGCCAGGUCUGAGUUGGGGGGACAGUAAGGAAUGGUCUCUUACCACUGGAUUAACAAAAGUCUUUGAAGGAAGUUGCUGCUGUAAUGGAAAACUUUGUCCCUCCUUCCUUGCAGGGGCUCCAUUGAUUUCUUCUUCUGAAAACAUGGCCAGACAGGGUCUCAGCCUUGCCCCAUUGUCCCUUCCAGAACCCUCCACCAGGCGGGAGAGAAGGAGUGGGUUGAUGAUCUGACCCUGGCCCAGCUGGUGGAGCCAGGAGCCUCUCUUCUAGGCUAACAGCCAUCAAGAGACUUCAGCAAGAUGGGCCUUACAGUCUUUGUAAUCACAUAAUCAUGUAUGCACAAUCAGGUAUGUCUCAUCACCUGUGCAUAUUCUGUUGGAUCAGAAGCAAGCCACAGAUCCUGCCCACAUCUGCUAGGUCAGGCAGCUCGCAACAUGGUACUACAGGAAGACGCCAUCUUGCACUCAGAAGAUAGUUUAAGGAAAAUGGCAAUAAUAACCACACAUCUCCAGUACCAGCAAGAAGCUAUUCAGAAGAAUGUUGAGCAGUCUUCUGAUCUGCAGGACCAGCUGAAUCAUCUGCUGAAAUAGUGCAGCUUGUAAGGGGGCAAAAGCACUUCUUUGCCUGACACUAAGAAGGAAAUCUUUUACUUAACCACUGUGCUAUGGGUUUGGUUUUCCAUUUUCUUCUCCAAAAGUUAAGUUAGAACAGUUUUGUGAUGGUGUACAGUUUCUCCGAAAAGAAGCUAGGUGGUUGAAAUUUGGAAGUACUUCUUAAAGCAGAGUAACUCAUACUCUUAUUGAAUUUUUUAAUUGCCCUGUUUAGUUUUAUGUUAAAGCAGAAUUAAAAGAGGUCUUAGUUUUUCCCAUAGAAUUUUUAUAUGUCAAAAGCCGUAUCAUCUAAAUAUGAUCCUUCAGCAAAUACUGAGUAAUGUUUUAAAUUCAGAAUUAGGGCUUCAAUUGUGAAACCAUAGGACUGAUUAAUAUUCUUUUUAAAAGACUUUUUAUUUUAAUCAUAACAUUCAGAAAGUAUAUGUAUCACAGAAUGGUAAUAGGUAAUAACCUGUUCUUUCCCUCCCCUUCCCUUCCCCUUCCCCUUCACCUCCCUUCCCUUCCCCCUCAGAGGAGAUACUUAUUUUAUUCAUUGUAGCAAAUUCCUGAAUGAAAAUGAGGCAAGUGAUAUCAUA